CGCCGCGGGACCCGCCAUGGCCGAGCCAGGAGGCUCCCCAGCCGCUGCCGCUGCUCCUUCCUCCUCCUCCUGCUCCUCAGAGCCGCUGGGCAUGGACGCGGAGCCGCCGCCACCGCCGCUGGACAUCCCGCUGCUGCUGGAGGAGCUGCGGGUGCUGCAGCAGCGGCAGCUCCACCAGCUGCAGCUCACAGAGGAGAUCUGCCGCCAGGUGCUGCUGCUGGGUGCCCCGGCUGCCCCCAAAGCCGCCCCAGCCCUCUUUGCCGCCCCCAAAGCCGAGCCGCCGCGGGCCCCGGCGUCCGGGACGCCCCCCAAGCCUGCCUUCUUCCACCUCUACCGCCCGUGGGGGGCGAAAGCCGAGGCGGCGGCAUUCCCAGCGUUCCCGGCGUUGGCACGGGAGAGCUCGCUGCGCCCCAGGAACGAGGCAGAGGAGAAGGUCGGUGGUGGCGGGCGGCACCGCUGCCGCUUCUGCGCCAAGGCCUUCGGCAGCGACAGUGCCCUGCAGAUCCACCUGCGCUCGCACACCGGCGAGCGGCCCUACAAGUGCAACGUCUGCGGCAACCGCUUCACCACCCGCGGCAACCUCAAGGUCCACUUCCACCGCCACCGCGACCGCUACCCUCACGUCCAGAUGAACCCCCACCCCGUGCCUGAGCACCUCGACUACCUGCUGGCUGGCCGCCCCGCCGCCCCGGCAGAGAAGAGCGACACUGCCGAGAAGCCAGCACCGAAGGCGCCGGUGGCCGCCGAGGGGCUCCCACUGCUGCCCCAGCCCUUGCCUGGCUUCGGCAAGCUGGUGCUGCUCAAGGCAGCAGAGGAGAAGGCCAAGGGGGAUGAAAACACCCCACCGGGCAAGCUGCCCGCCUGGGCCUUGUUAGCCAACCACUUCAAAGGUGGACACCACCACCACCACACCGCUGCCGCGUUCCCCUUCCUCUUGGAGCCACUGGUGGCAGCCCCCUCGGAGACCUCCAAGCUGCAGCAGCUGGUGGAGAAGAUCGACCCGCCAGGGACCACCGUGGUGGCAGCUGCCGCCACCGAGGCCCCGGGGACAGCGGCAGCUGCUGGGCUGCCGUCCUCCUCUGUGCCCAACCAGUGCCCGGUGUGCCGGCGGGUGCUGAGCUGCCCCCGGGCGCUGCGGCUGCACGCAGGGCAGCACGCGGGUGCCGAGCGCCCCUUCCGCUGCAAGGCCUGCGGCCGGGCCUUCUCCACUCGCGGCAACUUGCGGGCCCAUGCAGCCGCCCAUCGAGUUGGCCCGGCCACCGCUGCCACCGCCGCCCGGCCCCGAAACUCCUGCCCCAUCUGCCAGAAGAUGUUUGCCGAUGCCCCGGGUCUCCAGCACCAUGUCCGCCUGCACCUGGGUGGACAGAUCCCCAAUGGUGGCCCGGCACCAGCCCGCCAGCCCGAGGAGCUCUCCGAGGAGGAGGAUGAGGAAGAGGAGGAGGAGGAGGAGGAUGCUUCUGAGGAGGAGUCCACCGAGAGUGGGCCUGAGAAGCCCCCCGCUGAGGAGGAGGAGCAUGAGGAUCAGGAAGAGGAAGAGGAAGAAGGUGAAGGUCGUCGCCGGGUGGGCAGCCCCCCGCAAGCCAUGGAGGGAGCUGGAGAGCCCACAGUGGAGGAAGGAGGUGCGCAUGGCAGGGAGGAGGCGCCGGAGGAGCCACAAGCCAGCCCAGCCAAGGAGAAUGCUCACGACGGGACUGCGGCCAGGAAGCCUGGGCAGGCGCCCCCAUGCUGGAGCUGCAGCCCGGCACCUUGUGCCCGCCCACCAGCCCCAGAUGUCCCUCCACCGCCGCCACCACCGCCAACGACUACAACGACGACAACGACAAUGACGAGCCGCGGGGCUGUCAAACCGCCUGACUUCCCAGCCCGGCCGCCGCCACCGGCCCUCUCCUUCUGGAGCCAGUACAGCGCCUUCGUGGCAGCCGGCACCAAGGCGGCCCGCACCCGCCCGGCGCCUGCUGAGGCCGCAGCGCCCCUGCCGCCCGGCCCUGUCGACAAGUAGCACCCCCAGGGGCGUUUUAACACGUUUUAGCGCCCUUUUCAUUUCUUUGGGGUCUUAAUUUUAGCGCACCUCCCUCCCUUCCCCCCACCCUGCCACCAUGGUGUCCCCCUUCCCCCUCCCCAUAGCAUAGUGCCAGCCUUGCCCCCACCCCUCCACCCUCCAUUAAAGCCGUUUGGUGA